CUGCAUAUGCAGCAAUGGUGAUUCAUGAUCCCCUCAAUCGCCUCAACCCCUCUCUUCUUCUUCCCGCACCUCUCAAUCCAAAUCCCAACUGCAAAACCCCAAAACGCUCCAUCAAACCCUUCCGCACAACCACCAUCAAAGCCUCGGUCCACCCUGACCCUUGGUCCUUGAGCGACGGCAACAACAUCUCUAAACCAAAGCCCAAAUCUAAAAACCCCAAGAACCCUCUCUCCGACGACGAUGCCCGCCGCAUCAUCAACGGCAAAGCUCGCUACCUGAGCGCAUUACGGAAGAACCAGGGCCCUCACGCCCUCACCCCCAAAUGGAUCAAGCGUACACCGGAGCAAAUGGUCCAGUUCCUCUCCGACGACCGCAAUGGCCAUCUUUACGGGAAACAUGUCGUCGCCGCCAUCAAGGCCAUCAGGGGGUUAGCUGGCAAAAAAGAAGCUGACCGCGAUGUUAGGUCUCUCAUGUCCGGAUUCGUCGGAAAAUUGAGCUUCCGAGAGAUGUGCGUCGUUCUCAAAGAGCAGCGAGGCUGGAGGGAAGUUCGCGAUUUCUUCGGCUGGAUGAAAUUGCAGUUGAGCUAUCGUCCGAGCGUGAUCGUCUACACAAUCGUUCUCCGGCUGUACGGCCAAGUUGGGAAGAUAAAAUUAGCAGAGCAGACAUUUCUGGAGAUGCUGGAAGUUGGAUGCGAGCCUGAUGAUGUCGCUUGCGGCACCAUGCUGUGUUCGUACGCUAGGUGGGGUAGGCACAAUGCGAUGUUGUCGUUCUACGAAGCCUUGGAAGGAAGAGGGAUCAAACUCGCCAUUGCUGUUUACAACUUCAUGCUGUCUUCGUUGCAGAAGAAGUCUCUCCAUGGACAGGUCAUUCAUCUUUGGAAGGAAAUGGUUGGCGAAAGAGUAGCUCCUACUGCUUUUACCUUUACCAUUGUGAUCAGUUCUUUUCUCAAGGAAGGUCUUCACGAGGAUGCAUUCAAGGUGUUCGACGAAAUGAAGCAACAGGGGCAUUUGCCGGAGGAGGUUACCUACAGCUUGCUGAUCAAUGCCAGCACGAGAAGAGGAGAUUGGGAUGAAGCCCUGAAGUUGUAUGAUGACAUGAGGUCUUGUGGAAUCGUUCCAAGUAACUUCACUUGUGCUUCACUUUUGACAUUAUAUUACAAGACUGAAGAUUACUCCAAGGCACUUUCCCUCUUCUCUGAGAUGCAGCGAAGGAGAAUUGCAGCUGAUGAAGUCAUAUAUGGUUUGCUCAUAAGAAUCUAUGGCAAGCUUGGGCUUUACGAGGAUGCCCAUAAGACGUUUCGUGAGAUGGAGCGACUGGGUUUGUUGAGCAAAGAGAAGACUUACUUGGCUAUGGCCCAAGUGCAUCGUGCUUCUGGGAAUUAUGAGAGCGCUUUGAGUGUUGUAGAACAAAUGAAGUCCAGGAAGAUUCGGCUGUCUAGGUUUGGUUACAUUGUCCUCUUGCAGUGUUAUGUUAUGAAAGGGGAUGUAGAGGCUGCUGAGGUUACAUUUCAAGGAUUGUCGAUGACUGGAUUGCCUGACGCUCGGUCUUGCAAUGACAUGCUGAGUCUGUAUGCAGCAUUGGGUUUGACUCGAAAAGCUAAGGAGUUUGUUCUUCAGCUGAGGCAAGAUGAUCAGUUUGAGUUUGAUGAGCAAUUGCAUAAGACGGUUGUAAGAUUGUUUGGCAAGGAGGGUGUGCCGAGAGAUGCCAAACUGUUGAUAGAGGGGAUAUAGGGGGGGAGAACCUGAAUAGAGAUGUAGCCUGCUACCCUUGUGCAAUCAGUUACUGUCAUUAACGAAGGUAUGCAUUAUGAAGAGUAUAACUUCCUCCCCUCCACCCAGCACAAUAUCCAUCAGACAGUCAACUGCUACUUGAUGUUAGGCAUGGAGGAAAGUAUCAUGUGAUGAUUAUACCAGAAAAUUGAAUAAGAGAGUGAGCGAAGGAUAUGGUUGACUGCAAGAUCUGCUGCAGGAUGAGGCACUGCGUGGAAGCUGCUUCUGCAAUGCGCACCUUGGUUACUGCCAAUGUGAUUGAUUGCUAAGAGGGAAGCAGUACACAACAUUGCAGACAACGGGACAAGCAGAAAGCAACCACCGAUGUUGUUUCGGAGUCUAUCCUAUUCCAGCCAGCUCUGGAACUGACUAACUUGGCUGUUCAAGCAAAUCGAUCUUAUGGUGAUUGUUGGAGCUUCCUGCUCAUGCUUUAAUUUAAUUAUGAGGCAAACAUAACUUUUCUCCAGAUCAGGGGGAUAUUGUAAACGUGUAACGCGAAGACCCUUUAAAUAUAAGCUAAUAUAACUUUUGUAAAUCCAUCACUCAUCCGUCGUAGUAAUUGCGAAUAUUUACCAACCAAAGAAAUUGUCAUCCAUCAUUCUUCCUACCGGGGUUAGACUCAUUAGAGCACUUGUUGGAAGCCAUAAUCAGGAGCCCAUCAAGGCAUCAACAACAUUUUAUGUGUCAUUUUGAGGCAACUAUGUAGAUGCUACUAUAUUGCCGGCACAUAUUCAAAAAGACCUGGAAUAGGUCAAUCCAUAACUCAGCAAGAACUUCAACAUUUACAACUGGAAGAUUCCAUGUGCCGAAUGUGGCGAUUGGCCUUUGCCUGGUAGUUUAUAAGGUAAUUUCCCAAGUCUUGACCAUUCAACUUUGGGCUUUGGGAGUUUCAUACCUGUUUUUUUUUUUUUAUAUAUAAGGGUGAUAUAGAUUUAUUUUUUGUGAUUAAGGUACUACUUAAGGGAUUCGAACCUAGGACCUCCAGGUUCUAGGCUAGUGGUAUUACCACUAGACCAAGCCCUUGUUCGUUCCUACCUCUAUUAUUGGGCCAUUACAAAAUGGUUUUGUUAAGGGUCAUCUCAUCAUUGACAAUAUUUUGCUAGUCAGGAAGUGCUUCACUUCCCGAAGAACAAAUCAUCUCAUAGUGAUAAAAAUGGAUGGCUUUGAAAUAAGAUAUGAAAAAUGUGUAUGAUCUUGUCUUUAAUGUUAUGUCCAAGCUUGGCUUUUGUUCACAGUGGCUAGAUUGUUUAUGGGCAUGUGUCACCUCAGUUUCCUUUUGUGUGUUUUUGAAUGGUUCGCCCUAUUGUUAUUUUCGUCCCGAGAGAGGCCUCCGUCAAGGUGAUUUGCUAUUGCCUUUACUUUUUGCGUUGUACACUAAAGGUUUCUCUAUUGUUGCCAAGCAAUUUUCUCUGACCUUCUCCAUGGUUUAAAGGUUCACCGUCAUUGUCCUAUGAUUUCACAGCUGUUAUUUGCAGAUGAUUCAUAUAUCUUUUUACGAGCUUCUCCCCCUUAAUGCCAUUCUCUGCUUAACAUCCUGCUUUCUUAACAGCUGGUGAGUAGUAUAAAGGUAAUUUUCUAUAUUCCUUCUUUCUUAUGCCCUCUUUUCUUUCAGUCAAUUCAAAUUUUAAACUCCCGCAGACUUGUUUCAUAGCACCUUCUGCCCUUCAUUUACUUGGAACUUGGAUCCUCCUUCCAUAUGUGAAGAACUAGAAACUCAAUUUGUUGCCAUUCCUGGAUGCCCUUCAUUUAGCUGUGAUUUAAAAGGAUGAUCUUGAUCUCCCAGAUGCGACUUCAUACAUUGAUUAGAAUGUUGCUGGGAUUUCACAUCAUUAUGGACAGUGGAAGAAUAGAAGAUAGUUGAAUUAGACAUCAAUUUGGCGAAACCUGGCAUGAACUGUGACUUAGAAGAAUAUAAUAUUAGACGAUUA